AUGCAAGAAGAAAAUGCUCUCCCCAUUUCAGCGCUCUUUGAAAAGGGAUACAUCGAAUACCUUGGGCUCUUUCUGAUGUUCUUUGGGGGCUUGUGGACUGUUCUUUCGGUUCUAGAGGCUCUGCAGGUGGUUUCAUUUGGCGUGGCGCUCUUUGACAGAAUUGCAGCUAUUGCAGUGUAUAUACUCCUGGGCAUCUACGCUACUUCUUAUCUAUCGUCUCGAAAGGUGCUGAACUCAAUCAGAGAGCAACAGCAGAAAAAGGAGCACUAA